AUGGGUGCUGCCUUAUGGGCUGCGAUGUUCCUCCAUGCAUCUACAGUAAUCUACUCGAGUGUACACAUCGAACGAAUCGGGUCUGCGUCCAUAUCAAAAAACUGCGAUAAUAAGCCGUGUUAUCAGGGUAAAUGUGAGAAUGAAAAGUGCCGUUGUUUCGCUGGUUGGGGUGGCGUUCAAUGUGAUCGAUGUCAUGGACGAAAUUUGUUGACGGACGAAAGUGAAUUGUUGACGGAUGGUCCACGCAAUUAUAGUUCUUCCUCGCGAUGCAUGUGGAUUAUUAGAGAUGAGAAAAAGCGAGGCACGUUGCUGUUGCGGAUUGAUUCGCUAGUUACCGAGUGUAGCUGGGAUCAUUUGUACAUAUAUGAUGGGACAGGAACUAGAAGCCAUCAACUGGCUGCGUUUAGUGGUGUUAUCUCUGGUAGAGAAGUGAGCAUCAAAUCUGGAAAGGCGCUUGUUUAUUUCUUCAGUGAUUUGGCAUUUAACAUGUCUGGUUUCAACAUCACUUUUGCUUAUGGUAAAUGCCCGAAUAAUUGCACAUCAAACGGAAAAUGUGCUGAAGGCAUUUGUGAGUGUUAUGAAGGAUAUACGGGAAUACAGUGUGAUACACUGAUUUGCACUGAUAAAGAUAGGAAUAAAACAUCAAAAGCAUGUGGUAUGGCAGGCAUUUGCAACGAUGAUAAUCGGUGCAGCUGCAAUAUGCAUUUUCACGGAGAUCGUUGUCAGGCUUUGACAACACAAUCAGUUUUUGAAACAGUUUUGACAAGUGGAGAUUUUGGCGCACGUGCAUCGCACACAGCUGUACUUGUAAACGACACAAAAAUAUGGGUAAUUGGUGGAGCCCAUUUUACUGGUAUUAACAAUUCAUUUGUUGUUGUAUACGAUAUUACAAAUUCAUCGUGGUAUGAAAUUCCAACAAAAAAUACUCCUAAAUCACGUUACGACCACACUGUUGUGAGAUAUAAGAGCACUGUAUAUAUGUUCGGUGGUGUAAUUGAUGAACGGAUAGUGACCAAUGAAUUGUGGAGUUUGGAUCUUGGAACUCUGGAGUGGACUUUGGAAAAUACUAAUAAUAAUGCGUCAGAUGCUCUGCCUGGUGCUGUUGCUGGCCAUGCCGCGCAUUUGAUUGGGGAUGAAAUGCUUGUGUUUUAUGGUCAUAGUCCAUAUUUUGGAUACAUGUAUAGCAUACAAAAAUAUAAGAUUAGUACCAAGCGAUGGAGUAUUGUUCCGGAUCAUGGUCCUCAUGUACAAGGAAGAUUUGGUCAUUCUCUUGUUGCGUAUGUUCAUGAGAAAAAGGAAGUUAUCUUGAUCUAUGGUGGUUAUUUGUUGCCUUAUGAAGGUUUCUUAUCACGAGUUAGCAGUACCUUAAUAGAAUAUGUUUGUGACAGUCGAGAAUGUUCGCAUCGAACUCUUUCUUCUGGACACACUCCAGUCUUUCGUCAUUCUGCAUCACUGAUCAAUGAUUUAAUGAUUAUUAUUGGUGGGAAUGUGCAUAAUGAGUCAUCAUCACGCAUUCAAGAAUGCUAUUCUGGUGAUAUUCAAGCAUAUGAUAUUGGUUGUGAUACUUGGUUUUCACUAUCAAGCAAUAAUUUGUCAUUUCUGCAACGUUAUGGGCAUUCAUCUAUGGUCACAAAACAUAAUAUUUUUGUAAUUGGUGGUUUCAAUGGAAUAAUGUUAUCAGAUGUUGUUAAAUUCACGCCAGCAGAAUGUGGUGGCUUAAAACGACCAGAUGAUUGUCGUAACAUGAGAGAAGGUGUACGUUGUAUUUUCCAUGCUGGAAAAUGCAAAUCUGUACAACGUGAUGUGUCAUAUGCUCAUUCAUUUUUAUCAUACGUGAAAAACGAAGAUCCAAAAGAGGAACAGAAAUGUCCGAUUAGUUGGAGAAAAUCAACAUCAUGGUGCAGCGAAGAAAAGGACUGUGCAUCCUGUACAGCUGCAGAAGGAUGUAGUUGGUGCCAUUGGAGUCGUGAAUGCGUUUCUGAUAAUUUAUGUAAAGAUCGGACCAAUCCAAUAGCGAAAUUCGAUGCUUGUCCGAAGGAUGAAGAGCCUCGACCAUGUUUUUUUGCUGCUGAGUGUUAUGCUUGCAAAAAAUUAAGGCACUGCAGUUGGUUUCUAAUGAAGGAUUCCAAAUGGAAAUGUGUCAGCAGCUAUGAUUUGUUAUUGGAAGGUGAGGCGCCACAACAGCAACAUUCUUAUUCCCAAUCGGAGCACAUGCCGUCACUUGCAUUAAAUGCGCUUACUCCAUCGUUAAAGAACGAUUCCUGUCCAGCACCUUGUUGGUUUCAUGAAGAUUGUCAAGUUUGUAUCAAGGAACAGUGUAUGUGGUGUCCAACGACUGCACGAUGUGUUUCAAUGGAUGCUUACAUGAUCAAUUUUCCAUAUGGACAAUGUCAAUCAUGGGUAACGGCUACGAACAUAAUCAGUAAUCAACAUGCAUGCCAACUGAAUCCCAUGGAUUGUUCAAAGCAAAAGACGUGCGCAGAGUGUCAACGUGUAGGACCAAAUUGCGGUUGGUGCGACGACGGUUCUGGAACUGGUUUGGGAAGAUGUCUGCCGGGUAGUCUUGAAGCACCUGAUGACGAAUUGCUCUGUCCGAAAGAUGGAAAAUCAAAAUGGUAUUUCACAAAUUGCUCAGCUUGCCAGUGUAAUGGACACAGCAAUUGUACUCUGAGAAGGCGUUCACUUGACUGGAAUAUCGAAGAGAGGAGCUGUACACAAUGUGAUCAUAACACAACUGGUGAACACUGUCAGUUCUGUGCUGAUGGAUUCUAUGGAGAUCCUCGAAAUGGUGGAAGAUGUGAAGAAUGUUUUUGCAACGGGCAGGCAACAAUGUGCAACAGAGAAACUGGCGAUUGUUACUGUACCACAAAAGGUGUUACUGGAAAGAACUGUAGUAAAUGUGAACCAAAGUAUUAUGGAGAUCCUGAAAAUAAUCAGUUGUGCUACUAUGAAUUGACGGUGGAUUUCAUUUUCACAUUUAAGCUUGAUCAGGACGAUCCAAAAGACAAAUAUGUGAACCAGAUCAAUUUCUUCAGCACACCACAUAAAGUACUGCGUAAUGCAUCCUAUUCGAAAUGUCCAAGAGAUACUGAUGUUCAAUUUACGGUAGUUUGUGAAUCUCCGAAGUCAGAAAAAGCGUUAGUUUCGAUGAGUAUCAAUUCAUCACUUUUCGAAGGACACCCAGGUUCAAAUAAACUAUUAAUGACAAGGACUGUUUGUGAUGAAAAUGGUAUCCGGCGUGCUUACAGUGCUAAUGCUGAACCUGGAUUUAUUUUUGGAACUGAGGCUAACACAACGUUCUUGGUAAAAGUUUACAACUUUUCCACUCCGAUAAAAAUACAAAUUUCAUUUUCGCAGUCGCCUCCAAUAAAUUGGGUCUUAUUUUUCGUGAUAUUCGCUGCGUGUUUUGUUGUGCUCCUUGUUGUUGCGGGUUUAUUAUGGAUGAUUAAAUUACGAAUCGAAGUAUUUAGACGAAACCAGAGACGGUACGAUGAAAUUGAACAAAUGGCUUCACGUCCUUUCGCCUCUGUGAGGCUCGAGUUGACUUCUCCACGAGCCAAUUUGAUGGCUACUCCCAUAUCAGUUGAACCGUGUAGUAACUAUCGUUCUGGAGUAUUCACUUUAGCAGUUCGAUUACCAACAGGAGGGCGACAAUUUACACCUCAUGGUACUUCAGGUUUAGCAGUUGCAUCAGCACUGUGUUUAUUAACACAAGCACAGUUAGGCGUUUUACAAGCAGCAGAAACAAGUGAUGCCAAUCAUAAUCGUAAAACAACUUUGAUGCGUUACAUUCCAUUUAUUCGUUCCUAG